GGAGAUGGUAAGGUGAAUACCAUGAUCUCACCGCGAUGCCUCUCCCAAAGACUCCCGUUCAACACCGCCCGUUCUCUGGCUACGUCCCGCCUGCCGGGGAUGCCAACCCCCGACGGGGCGGGGUUUCCCAUCGACGAGCCACUCAGCUUGACAUUCUUAGCCAUCAUAAGGCAUACCCUGCGUCGGCAGUCGCUGAUGAAGCAUGAGCCUCCGUUCAGUUCCAGCCCUGUUGCGCAGAACGCGGCUGUGCUGGUGCCGCUGUGUAACGUCAAUGGGAACCCUGGCAUUCUCUUCGAGGUACGUGGCAAGCUGAGGAGUCAUGCAGGAGAGGUCAGCUUUCCUGGAGGCAGGACAGACGAGGAGGACGACACGUUCCUUGCGACCGCUAUAAGGGAGACGGACGAGGAGAUUGGGGUAGGACCGGGUCAGAUCGAGGUCCUGGGCACUUUUGGACCGGCGGAACUCAGUCUCUGGAAACUCCGGGUGCAUCCUUUUGUUGGAUUCAUCUACCCCACGCUGGAGCGUCCCGAGCUGCGACCGAACGAAGCACUCCCUUCCAUCGCCCUCUCUUCUCUCAGACCGAACCCACCCGAGGUAUCGCACAUCUUCCACCUCACCUUCCGAGAGAUGUUCGACCCCCACCGACUACGCGUCCACGACUUCCGGGGAUAUACACCUUACUGGGCUAUCGACGUGAGCGAUAAAGUCGAAGGACUGGGGCUGCAUUGGAAGACGCUGGCAGGGCAGGAUGAGCUAGGUGGGAGCGGGAGACCGGGGGGCAAGGGGCUCGAGAUCUGGGGAUUGACGGGGUGGUAUCUGAAUGUGUUCCUAAAACGACUGGGCUUGUACUGAUAGACAAUUAUACCA